AUCGAUAUCAAGCUUUAGUUCUCGGGUUUAACAAGCCAGAUAAUUUUGUUACCUUUCAACACAAUGGUGAACAGAUCAGUUUAAGUAAAAAAGGUUCUGAAACAGAUGGUCAAGAAGAAGAAGGCAAAGAUGGCCAAAUAUGUUCUCAAUGCGCUGAUUAUUUAGUUGCUAAUCUUCAUAAACAGAUUGAAGAUAUUCAAGCUUCUAACGCAGACGAUAUUGUAUCCCAAUGGAGAAAAGUUGGAGGGUUUUUGCCUGCUGCACUGGUUCCAUUAUUAAGUCCCGAGACACUUAAAAUUACUAAUAUACGACAAAAUACAGUUACUUCUGGAGUCAAGUCUUCUAAGGAACCGACUCCUUCACCAACAUCACAAUUGACACAUCCUGUAUCAGAUGGAUCAACAAAAUUUGAACUUACUCUAGAACAGAGACUUACAUUAGCAUUUUUAAAAACUGAUCUAGAACUUAUGAAUUCCAUUA